GUGAACGGGGGGGGACCUUAAAACUCGGGCCCGGAGAGUCUGGGGCUGCUCGCUGCACAGGCGCCCGCAGAGCUGCGAGCGGAGCAGCGCGGCGCGCCUGUCCGUCCCGCGUGUCCUGCCCAGCCGAGGGGCCGGAGCGGCUCCCGCGUGUUCCCGCCCGGCCGUGCCAGGUAAAAGGACACAGAAAAGAAGAUGGACUGGGGAACUCUGCAGGCUGUCUUAGGAGGUGUAAAUAAGCACUCCACCAGUAUCGGGAAGAUAUGGCUCACAGUCCUCUUCAUCUUCCGUAUCAUGAUCCUGGUUGUGGCUGCAGAGAGGGUCUGGGGAGAUGAACAACAAGAUUUUGUCUGCAACACGCUUCAGCCUGGCUGCAGAAAUGUUUGCUAUGAUCACUUUUUCCCCAUCUCUCACAUCAGACUCUGGGCCCUGCAGCUGAUCUUUGUCUCCACACCUGCACUGCUGGUGGCCAUGCACGUGGCUUACACUAGGCAUGAGAAGAAAAGGCGGUUCAGAAAUGGUGAGAAAAUUGAUAUUGAAGAGCUAAAAAAUGCAAAGAUUCACAUCCGGGGCCCCUUGUGGUGGACGUACACCAGCAGCAUCUUCUUCAGACUGGUCUUUGAGGCCAUCUUCAUGUACGUGUUCUAUUACAUGUACGAUGGCUACCAGAUGCCCCGCCUGGUGAAGUGCAGCGCUUGGCCCUGCCCCAACACCGUGGAUUGUUUUGUGUCUCGGCCCACUGAGAAAACCACCUUUACUAUUUUCAUGCUUGCUGUAUCUGGGAUCUGCAUGAUGUUGAAUCUGGCUGAGUUGUGCUACCUAGUGAUAAAAAUUUGCAUGAAAGAAUCCAGGAAGACAACAGCUUUGAAAUAAGUCCCCAGUUUUUCAGGAUUUACUGGCUCCCCAUUUCCCUUCAACUUUCUUAGGUGUAAGAAAACAAUAAACACUUUUUUCACACUCAAGGAAAAGCAUAAAAAAUCAAUGUUCUUUUGUGUUUUAAAACUGAUAGCCUCUCUGGGAAGCUGAUGCUGAAGCAGGUUUUAAAGAUCGUAAGCUAAUUCAGUAUUCCUGCAUCCACAGUUAGAGAGAGCGGCCUUCUGGAACCAGCUUCUCCAAGUAUUCCUACUGCUGAGAUCCUAUUGUUGGGAUAGUUAGCUCUUCAAACAGUGGGAGUGGAAAGGACCAGAGAGGGUGCCCAGAGGAGAUCCAGGAAUCACAAACGCACUGUGUUGGCCCAGAGGCAAAACACUAUCAAGGGUUUUUGGUUAAAAGUGGGGUAAAGGAUUUUUUGGGGUACAUCACAGCUUUUGAGAAGGAAGAAGACAGGGAGGUGAUUGUGUUUAUAUUACGUGUCCUCUCUAAGUAAUCUGGAGAGCAAGAAAAUGAUGUAGGAACACAGAUACUCUGGCAGUGCAUCAGCUUUGCUGGGAACCAGCAUAUUUUUUUUCUUGUCUUCUUACCUGCACUGAGAAGCAUUUCCUUAAGGGUUAGAGGUGGCCAGUCUCAACUGCCUGAGAACGCCAUUAGGUCAAUGCUGCCUCCCCAUAGUCACAGAGACUACAGCAGUGGGAGGAGUAAAGUUCAUUUUUCAUUCUCUUGAUCAGAAGAAAAAUGGACUGUCACCUCUGAGAGGGUGGAGGCAGUAUUGUCUUCCUCCUUCUCUUGUUCUCCCCUAGUAUGUUGUGAAGAAUCUCAGUACAGUAGACUUUAUCUGAUAAAGAGAUGUUUUACCACCUGACUGUUCCUCACUCAGCUGUAUACUUCUAAAACUCUUUUUUUUCAAUAAAACCCAAGAAAAAGUGCCUUUUUUUUUGUUCUGUUGGUUAUCCAAAAGAAGUGCUUCAACUUUCAGCAUGAUAUCCAGUGCUCCUUCCCUUGCUCCAUUUUUUUCUAUCUAGCCUGCACAGCUUUUCUUCAUAAAACCUUCUCCCUAUCUGAGGUACCUUUCAAAUGAGUUGAGCAAACCACUCCCAGUCUCUCUGACAUUCCACAUUGUAAGAUUAAAUCACCAUUCCUUUUCUUAAGAGUUGGUCUAGCAGGAAUUACAGACAGCUUGCAGAGCUAAAUUAGCAAAGGGACCCAAUCAGAAAUGAGGAGGAACUUGAUAUUUUGCUUGAAGUUCACACUGCUGUGCUGUAAAUUCUAUAUCACUAAUUUGAAGUACUUAUUUGAGUCAGUCUAGUCUUGUCUCAAAGUAGUCUCAAAAGAUGUUUUAUGCCUGUAAUGCGCAGCAUAUGGCACUUAGGGCAACACAGUUUGUCUUCCAAGUGCCUGCCCCUUGAACCCACUUCUGGCUGUUUCUCCUCCUUAGCUUUAAUAACUGGCUUUUCCUCAAAAUGAAUGAGUGCGGUCUCAGCUUCUGUAUUUGCAUUCAUCUUUUACUGUUCAUUUAAAUUUCUCAUUGUUGGAGUAAACAAAGCUGCAUGAAUUAAGACCCAUGACCCUUCACUGUGCACUGAGAGUGGAGCAUAAACAGGCUUCCCUUGCUUGUGAGCUACAUCCAGUGUUACAACUUGACUUCAGAUGGAAAUCUGUCAUCUAAGAGGGAAGCAAGAAAACCAUAAAAUCACCAUCCUAAGAACUAUGAAAAAAAAGGGUCAUUCAUAAUGAGCUGGACUGGAAACUUGGACUCUGAAAACAUCCUUAAUUCAACUUCAAAGAACACAGUUUGGCAUGUAUCAGGUUUACACUUGAUAGAGUUCCUGCCUUAUUCCAUGUACAAGUACAAAGAGAGCAAACUAGUCCCAAUGCUCUAGUAUUACAUUUCUUAUGUAACAAGAUUUGGGUUUUUUUCUGAAAUUAUAAUUAAAGCACUUUUGUGGUGUCUGUUUUCUGUACUACUUGUACAUGCUGAGUGUUACUUAAUCUGUCUAAUGAAAAUCUGUUUACCGUAAUGGAAAAUGCAUGCACCAAUACUAUACUCAAUAGCCAAGGGCUGGUGUAAGGGUUUGAGCCUUCUGCUGCAGUUUGGUGUUUCCAUUGGUUACACUGCCUGUCACCCCGAGGCUUCCUGAGCUCAUAGUGGAAGGUCACAUAUGUGCUCCACUGGAAAUCUAAUAUGCUGCUUAAGAAAGCUUUGCAGCUGGAAAAGGCCAGUGAUAAACUUAACCAGCUCCAUAGGGAAGGAGUUUUUUUCACCGCCUACCUUUGAAUUUAGCUGGAACUUGGAAUGAGACACACCAAAACUGUUAACACUCACACUAUGAAGUUAUCUUCAACUAGCAGUUUGGCAACCAGAUUAUCAGACAGGAAAAAAAAGAUAGAACUGGGGAAAUUGUUUGGAUGUAGCCAAGAGAGGGCUUUGAUCCAGAACUGCAGCAUCAGGUAAUGAUAGCUCUGAGAUCUGUGUAUUUUUAAUUUGACUGAAUAGCUGCUUUGUAUGUGACAAAAAAUCAGAUGCUUUAUAGGAACAUGGGAACUGCACCUAUUUCUACAUAUGUUGCAUUGCAUAGCUGACCCUCUACAGAUGGAUUUCAUAC